AAAGAACACUUUUAUUUAAUUAUUGAAAAAGAUUGCUACCCUUUCUUGCCAGAUGUUUAGCAUUGCUUUUCAAUUUGUUUUGCUUUUUUUCCUCACUCGCUUCCUUGGUUUCAGCCCGUCUAAAGUAUUUGGGGGUUGGUUCUCUUUUCGUUUGCUAAAAAACAGCUUCUACCUGAUUGCCCAAAUUAAAAAAAAAAAUGGAAUUUGUGCCCGGUGCAACUCAAGAGCUCUUUAGAGGCAACCUUUUAGCUUUACUCCAAAAUAUUUUCCUUGCUGUCUGUAGGCCCUUCACUGUGGACAUUUUGCAGUGCUGUACGUGCCUAGAAAAAAAGGGAAAGAAAAAUGACUUACCCAUUUCGACAAACUUCCCUUUUUUCCAUCCAGAGUCCCGAGACAGAAGACAGCCUAAUUUCCAGAGAUGUUUCCAGCCUAUCCUCAGAAUCUACCCUCCUACCUUUGCUGGAUGAAAAGACGACAGAGAGCCAGAAUCCAGAGGAAGAAUGUUUCCCCCUUCCAGAAGAAGUGGUUGCCAUUCCCCAAACAGGUCCCCUGCAGGAAGAGCCAAAUUCUUCCAGCAUCGGGGAAGGGUCUGCAUCCCUAGAAGCCGACGUGGAGGGUCUGCGCAGACGGAAAGGCCACGUUGAUGUCCACCACGUCGGGCCGGAGCUGUCCCACGAUGCGGCUAAGGAUGUUCUUGAUGAAGAGAGCGACAGGCUUUCCAGGACGAAAUGGCUGCUUGCGAUUCUUGCCGUUGUGGGCUUUGGCGUCUUGGCCACAUUGGGGAUCAUCCUUGACACCGAGGACGGCGCCCUGGACAUGCUGAACACGGGGCUGAGCUCAGGCGGGGAAGAACUGUAUCCAGCCAGUGGUGGAAAGGACUGGUCACCCUCCCUGGACCCUGUGAGCGACGCCGAGCUUCACCCAGGCAAGGAAGCGCCUUCUUCAGCGGAGGUUUCUGGUGACCCCAAGACCCUGGACGCGAUGGGGCUGUUGCUGGACAAGCUGGCCAAGGAGAACCAGGAUAUCCGUCUUAUGCAGGCUGAACUUCAGGCCCAGAAGGAGGAGCUGCAGGCGUUGCUGCAGAAGUCGGAAGGCGAGACCUUGGCCGUCAAUUCCCUGCAGCAAAAUUUGGCGGCGGAUAACUUGAGGCUGGUGGAGGCCUUGCAGCGGGAGACGGCCGCCCUCUCAGCCGCCCGGGGUGAAAUCCAGCUUCUCCGGGAGAAGCUGCGUGGCACAGACCAGGCGGGCGACGCCAAAUCCCACCAGCAUCCUGGAGGGGAACCCGGCCCGCGUCGCCCUCGUGGCAAGCUGGACCAUCAGGAGAAGGAACUGCGCCGGCUGCAUUCCUUGCUGGCUUCGCUCCGGCAGGAUCUGGCAAGAGCCAUCCAGAAGGCCCCCCUGGAGGAGCUCAGAAGUCUGGAGCAGAGGCUGGCCAGUGAGUUGGAGCCCGGCGAGGCCGAGGAAGGGGCCCAGAUCCCGUGGAAGGAGGGCGCCAAAGGCAGGCCGGGCAAGGCGAAACCCUGGCAGAGGAAACCCCAGGGAGAGGAGAAACUUCGGCACCAGGACAGGGCCCCCAAAGUGGCCCACGAGAGGGGGCCCAAGAGGCACCUGGCCCCCCACCAAGCCAAGCCCCCGAGAGGAGGAGACCCCCAGCGGGGAAACCGGAAAGCCAGGAAACCAGUGGAGCCCCGCGAAUUGUGGGAGACACUGGCCAGGCACCCAUACCCCGUCCCCCAAGGCUGCUCGGGGGCCACCGAGUGCGCCCACCAAGAAGGCUUGGCCCCUGUCCAGAAAGCCCCCUUCCUGAAGCUGGUGGAGAACUACCUUGUUGGACUGGGCUGGGGGGAGCACGCCAGUGGGCUGCUCCCCACGCUGGAGGGCUUUUUUGGCAGCGAGGGGCUUUUCGCCCACGAGCGCGUCAGCUUCGUGGGCUUUCUCGACGAGGUCGAGGACGCCCUGGAGGAGCUGGCUGAGCAUUUGGGGGUGAGUGAAGACGAGGUGGACGGUUUCGAAGAAGAGGUCCUGAAGCAGCUCGGACGCAGAUCGACUCGGGGAGACAGCGCCAAAGAGCGGAACCGCGAAGGCCACCCGCACAAGAACCGGGCACACGGUUAGACCUCCCUUGACCGGAGUGACGAGGGUUGUGUGGACUUUUGUUGAAGUAUUAAGGGAAGGACAUUCUUAAUUUCCUUGCCAUGUUGCUCCGGGUGCCGUAUUCCCCCUUUGACCUUCAUAUCCUGUCUUACACGUCCUGAGAGAUGUCCGGCUGGUUAGCCGUGGCCGAGGCAUCCGAGACCUCCUUUCCCCGUCCUUGUUUCGGGAUGACACCU